UCCCACAGAGUCAGACCUCAAACAAAAUGAUAAGGAUCAGUUAAGCAGUGUGAUACUGGUACAUGCAUUCCGAAAUACUACGUUUUAUUUGCUGCUGUAAAAUUUUGAGGUUUUGAUGAAUAAGGAAUAUGAAAAAAAAUGUACCAUGAUAGUGUUUUUGUCGAGCCUUCGACUUUUGUCGAAAAAGCGAGACAUAGCGAUCCUACAUUCCGUCGGCGUCGUCGUCGUCGUCGUCGGCGGCGGCGUCCACAAAUAUUCACUCUGUGGUUAAAGUUUUUGAAAUUUUAAUAACUUUCUUAAACUAUCCUGGAUUUCUACCAAACUUGGACAGAAGCUUGUUUAUGAUCAUAAGAUUAUAUUCAGAAGUAAAUUUUGUAAAAAAAAAAUUCCAUUUUUUCCGUAUUUUACUUAUAAGUGGACUUAGUUUUUCUGCCAGGAAACAUUACAUUCACUCUGUGGUUAAAGUUUUUGAAAUUUUAAUAACUUUCUUAAACUAUCCUGGAUUUCUACCAAACUUGGAAAGAAGCUUGUUUAUGAUCAUAAGAUAGUAUCCAAAGUAAAUUUUGUAAAAAAAAAAUUCAAUUUUUUCCGUAUUUUACUUAUAAAUGGACUUAGUUUUUCUGCCAGUUAACAUUACAUUCACUCUGUGGUUAAAGUUUUUAAAAUUUUAACAACUUUCUUAAACUAUCCUGGAUUUGUACCACAUUUGGACAGAAGCUUGUUUAUGAUCAAAAGCUAGUAUCUAGAAGAAAAUUUUGAUAAAAUUUUGUUCCAUUUUUUCUGUAUUUUACUUAUAAAUGGACUUAGUUUUUCUUCCAGUCAACAGUACAUACAUUCUGCAGUUUAAGUUUUUAAAACAUUUAUUAGAUUCAUAAAUUAUCCUGGAUUUUUACCAAACUUGGACAGAAGCUUCUUACAAUCAAAAGAUAGUAUAGAGAGGAAUAUUUUUAUUAAUUUUUUUCCUCAUUUUUGUUGAGCCUGCGAUUAACACCAAAAGUAGGCGAGACACUGGGUUCCGCGGAACCCUUACGAAUUUUUUAUUUCACUAGAUUAGAAACUGCUUACUGAUGACUUUGGAAGAUACUAACUCCUUAAAAUGGAUUGUCAGAAAAACACCAAUGCAUGUUCAUGUACCUGUAAAUCUGUGACCUAGCUCUGCAUGAAAAAGAAAUAAAAAAAAAAAAAAAAUUUUAUUUAUAAAUUGAAGGAACUGCAUUAUGUGAGUAGGGACACAGUUCAAAGAUCAAAUCUCGAUUUUAAAUAUUUUAAGAUUUUGAAAGAAUCCUGAUACACAUGUAAUAUCUGAUUUUUUAUACCAUCUUUUUGAUGUGUAAAGAAAUUUUAAUAUUUUAUAGGAGUGUUCCUGUUAUUGGUAAAGCACAGGUUGAUAUAGGAGAUAAAGCUGUUUCAUCUAUACCUGAUAUUGUCUUUCCAGAUAUUACCAAUUCAGACAUACAUCAUUCUAAUUUAAAGAUAUUAGCAGUUUGUGAGGUUAAGAAAGAAUUUAAAGCAAAGGAAGACUUGGUUAUUUCCUUACAGUAUAGUACAAGGUCAGGGAAAAAGAAAGUAAUAGGUAAAGAGCAAGUUAUAUGGCACCUUGAUGAUAGAUUACAGGGUCAGCAUGGAGGAGAGCUAUUAUUGCAUUACCCUUUAUCACAGAAGAAUGGUCUAUUAGGUAUCAUUGUACAGAAGACACAUGUAACAUUUUCCUAUUUCCAAUGUAACACUGUACAGUUUGAAGAAAUAAUGACCGGGAACCAGUGUGUUAACAGUCCUGUUGUGUACUAUAGCAGACCAUAUAAUUACUUAAAGGCUGCAGAUAGAAAAGAAUUAAUAACACCAUUACUUACACUUGGAUUUGUUCAGUUUUCUCCAUGUUGCAUCAGCAGAAAAGAACAGCAGAUAGAGAAUGUAGACUAAGCAGUAUCUACCAUAUUUUAAGUUUGUUUUGAUUGCUUUUAUAUUUUUGUAUAAGUAGCUCAGUUUCUAUAAACAGGGCCAGUUUCAAUUGAUAUUUUCAAAUACCAUAUUUGCAAGAUAUGAUUCGUAUUAAUUUGUUGCUUUUAACCUGCUUCUAUGUUCAUCAAUGCACAUAUAUAGAGUGAUUGAUAACAUUUAGGGUUGACUUGGGUAUAGAAAUAUUGCAAUCCAUUGACUUUUCCCAUCUAGCAGUAAAACCAUUCUUAGAGUAAGGUGUCCUUUUGUGAGUAAACUAAAAUCAUACUUUCAGCUAUUAUUUAUUAAAACCUUUGUUGAAAUAAAGCUUAUAGCUUAGGGCAAUAAAUAUAUUUGUUGUUUAAGGCUUAGGGUUUCCUGACUAACCCUAAUUUUUUUUAUGUUGAUUUUGAUAUUUUGAUGAAUUUUUGUAUUAUUUUUGACAGGAAAAAGAGCAACAUCAGACAUGUAUGAAUUUUAUCUUGCUCCCUAAACAGUAUUUGUUUAUAUAUGUAAAUAUUUAUUUAUUUAUCCACCAUGUUUUACCAAUUUGAGUUAUUUAAAUCUGAUAUGAAAUUAGCUUUCAUAUGAAAUUGUAAUUGUAAAUGGUCUUCACAAAAGAAAUUAAUGUAAGCUGAAAUUCACUUGAUUUUAGCAUUAAUUAAUUUUUUAAUUGUUUCACAUCAACUUAUAUAAAUUUUUUAAGUUCAUCAGUUGUACAUACAGCCUUUUUGACAAAGUAUUUGCACCUAUCCUUCCUUUUAAUCAGGUUUCGAAUAAAUUGUAAGUAAUUGUCUAAUUUCUUGAAAAUAAAAGCAGGGCAAAAAUGUCUAGAAUAACAAGAUUUAUCUUCUUUCCAUCCCUCCUCCAUCCACCCCCCUCCCCCCCCCC